AUGGCGGACUCAAAAUUUAUUAAACCCGACCCAGAGGAUGAAAAGGUCAUGCCGCCUCCAAUGGCCAUGGAGGAGGACGAGCUCUUUGAGGACGCUGGCGACCUCGAGUUCUACGACAAGACUGCGAGCAACACCUUCGAAACCCUCUAUCUCGCGCGCGUGCCGAAGUACAUGUGGGAUGCGUGGUUGAAGCUUACUGAGAGGUUAGGUGAUGACGAUGAGAUUCAGAUUGGCACUCUGCGGACGUGGAACGAACGAGUACCCGAUGCCUCGAUUGAGGGCGGCACUCGUGACGUGACCAAGCUUCGUAUGCUGCUGCAGGCCAACUGCCCUGAGCACCAGAUGCUCCCUCGCGAGUAUGACCUGGAGAUUCUGGAUAGGGACGUCAAGAAUCACUUUAUAUUCAGCGAGGAGGACCUGCCCGGGUACAAGGAGAAGAACAAGGCGCGUGCGGAGGCUGCCGCCGCGGGCAUACCCCAAUCACUGUUGCGACAAAGGCAGAACCAAGGGGCCGAGCGAACUGAGAGGACGUAUGAUCGGAGGAGUCGAUAUCAGCCGUACUAUCGAAAGGCUAUUCCAAAAAAGACAAAGAUCUUUGGCAAAAUCCACUACGAUGUUCGCGUCGAGCCUCGAAACAUCCGAGAAGAGGAGCGCCUGCUUGCUCAGCGACUACUCGACGCCGAGAGUUGCAAGUCGAAGCUUCAAAUCAUCAGCAGGAACAGCGCAUCUGCCAUCAUUAACCCAGGCACUGCAGGCUCAGCUACCUGGGGUGGAGGCUUUAUCAAAAAUGCACCACCGACCGUCAAGGCCAAAAAGGGCGAAGUGUUCAAGGCUGCUCGCAUUCCCAAGAACCAGCUGUUGGAUCUCAUCUUCGACUGCUUCCGUCAGUAUCAGUAUUGGUCCAUGAAGGCAUUGCGGCAAAAACUGCAACAGCCAGACUCAUAUCUGCGCCAAGUGCUCGAAGAGGUGGCUGUGUUGCACAAGAGCGGCCGCUUUGCGAACCACUAUGGCUUGAAUGACGCCUACAAGGACAAGGCUGGCAGUGAAGCCAAGGAGGAGGCCGCCGAGGCUGUUGACGACGGGGACGACGAUGAAAAUGAAGAGAUGGAAGAUGUUUUGCCAGCAUAA